AUGGAGAAUAUCGAACUCGGCGUCCAAUAUCCAGACGGCGUUAUAAAGAAAACAUGGGUCCGUGGGCGCACGCGCGACGGAGAUGACAUCAAGAUCGAAGAAGUCCUACAAAAAGAUGAUAUUACUCUGGCAGUUCUAGGUGCUUUUCAAGUCGAUGGCGACUGGGUCAGGGCAAAAUUAAAUGAGAAUACCAGGGUCUACUGGGUUCUUCAGGCAAAGACUAAGUUCGAGAGGGACGAAAUAACAUCUCGGGCUCCAUCAAACCAUAGAAUAUGUUUUCCAUCUAUGACUGGUAAUAUCAACUGCAUGCAUUCCAAAUUACAGCUUAUUGCACACCCGAGCCAUCUACGCAUCGUCGUCGCCACUGCCAAUUUGGUAUCAUACGAUUGGGGCGAAACUGGUGUUAUGGAAAAUAUGUGCUUCUUGAUUGAUCUUCCACGGCUCGGGCCGGACCAUAAAGUAUCGAUGGACAAGCUUACCAAUUUUGGACAAGAGCUAUCUCGUUAUCUCGAAGCCCUUGGUUUACCAAACGUAGUUAUAAGUAGCAUACGAAACUUUGACUUUUCACGUACUUCUCGGUUAGGCUUUGUUCAUUCCAUCGGCGGACAGCAUGUGGGCACAGAGUGGAAAAAUACUGGCUUUUGUGGUCUUGCAAAAACAGUUCAAGGACUUGGUCUACAAAAUUCUGGGCCGCUUCAGAUAGAUUUUCUUACUGCGUCUAUGGGGAAAAUAGAUUCAAAGUUCAUUACAUAUCUUCAGCUAGCGGCCCGAGGAGACCUCAAGCUUAUUGAGGAUUUCUUCUCUGGUGGCAACUUGGAUAAUUCCGCACAGGAAAGGCUUGAUAAAAUUGAAGCUGAAUUAACAAAUUCGUGCAGGAUUUACUAUCCAACAUCUGAGACUGUUUCUAACUCAGUUGGGGGGGUGAAGUCAGGCGGGACAAUCUGUUUUAAUGCUAGAUGGUGGCAGGCUCAAGGGUUUCUUCAUGGACUCCUCCGUGAUUGUGAGAGUCAACGGAAAGGGGUACUGAUGCACAGCAAGAUGUGGUUCGUUCAUCCCGAAGAAGGACAGCCGUGGGUAUAUGUCGGAAGCGCCAAUCUAACAGAGUCUGCAUGGGGCCGACUCGUCAAAGACGCGAGAGCGAAAGGGCCUAAGAUGAACAGCUCGAACUGGGAAUGCGGUAUUAUCUACCCCGUAUCACGUCAGAGUAAUUUGAGCAUUCAAAUGAAUAAGGCCAUGGACGCUUUUUCCGGAAAUGUCCCAGUUCCGAUGGUUGUACCGGGCACAGCAUAUGGCGACCGGCAACCAUGGAUGAUUCUCUGA